AUGACACGAGCUGCGGGCAAUGCAGGGAUUUCCACUUGUUUGCAAGCAGUCUUUUUACCGCCAUCGGCUCAUCGCGAGUCUGCUGAGCAAGUCUUGCAGUUGUGCCGGCGUGCAGAUCAGAACGUCACCGGGGACCCCCAAACUGGAGAGGUGUGGUUGAAGCCCUUGUUUGCGCAUGGCUAUCAGCUGGCCGUGAGAGCAGCCACGACGGAAUUCACGGGCCAGCUCUUCGAAGAGGCGAACAGCGUUCGAGUCAUUGUUACGAGAGUCGCCACAGAACUCCCCUCCCGCCAACGGCUUCGCAAGUCCGCUCAUGUCCGCUCAGUGACGCGGUGUGCGCCUCAGCGGCUCCCCGGCAUCGUCAACACUUUGCUGGGUCUGUGCUUAAGGGGUGAGCUUUGCAUGGUGCAACUGACGCGAUUUCAGAUUGGGGCUUGCUGCAAAUUGCUCCUAUUGCCGUUCCGGAAGUUGCGCACCGCGAAGCCCUUUGGCCAAAAGACUGAACUUUGCAUCCCUUCGCGACCUUCGUUUCCCUGCGAGAGCCGAGACUUCACUGCGGCCGCAGAGGCCGCGGAGGCCCGCCAGGCCCGCCAGGCCCGCCAGGCCCGCGGUCCGUGCCUUCAUCCGCGGGCCUCCCAGGCCCGGUGUGAGGACCGGCUCCGGCUCUUCAGACCCCGCAGAUGCGGCGCUAACGUCUCAGUUUCAGCGCUGAAGAGCGCUGCUUGCGAUCCCUUCGACCGUGUCUGCGUGUCAGGGGCCUUCAAAGCGCUGAAGCCGCCGAUUUUUCAAGCUCCGUGUGUCGUGCCCGGAGCUCCGACACAUUGA